AUGGGUGAUGAGGACGAAUAUGAAAGUCUUCCGUCGACGUAUAGCGUUCCGGUACAUAUGACGGCUGGCGCGUUGGCAGGGAUUACAGAACAUUGCAUUAUGUUCCCAAUUGAUUCAGUUAAAACUAGGAUGCAAUCCCUUUGCCCAUGUCCAGACACGCAAAAAUGCCCAACACCAGUUCACUCGUUGAUGCGGAUAGUGAAAAAGGAAGGCUGGUUACGACCGCUUCGAGGAAUGAAUGCAAUGGCGGCUGGAGCUGGGCCAGCCCAUGCAAUGUAUUUUACUGUUUAUGAGAAAGCUAAGGAAUUCUUCACAGGUGGAACUUAUUCUCAUGCUCAAACACACUCCUAUAUUGCUGCCGGCGUUCUAGCAACAUUAAUUCAUGAUGCAGUAAUGAACCCUGCUGAAGUUGUUAAACAGCGUAUGCAAAUGGCAUUCAGCCCUUAUGGGAGUAGUCUUGAAUGUAUUCGAUGCGUUUACAGGCGAGAGGGUAUCAGUGCUUUUUAUAGAUCUUAUGCUACACAGCUUGCAAUGAAUUUGCCCUUUCAAGCAAUCCACUUCUCAACUUAUGAAUUUUGGCAGCAAGUUUUGAAUCCAGAGCACAAAUACGACCCAAAGUCUCAUUUUAUUGCUGGUGCAUUUGCGGGUGGGCUUGCUGCUGCUUUUACUACACCCCCU